CAAAUGGAUUUUAUGUUUUUUGAUUGUCCUUAAUUGUUGUUAGCUAUGUAAUUCACACCCAUGAGACUUAUUAAUGAUUAAGUAAAGUCUUUAAUGACAAUCAACACAAACAAUUAAAAUCUAAUCCAGUGAUUAUACUAUAAGUUUAAAUAUUUGGAGAAUAAAUUUUUAACAAUUAGUGAAUACAAUUAACGACUAACAUUUUAAUGUUGUAAAUAGUUAACCUAAUUGUCGUCGUUAUUUCAUGAUUAAGAUUAUGUUUGACAAAUUGUGCCUUCUAAUUUAUUUUAUGUGACAUCAAGAUGGUUAAUAAUUUGAAUUGGAUACAAGGUGAAUUAAGAUAAAUACCAAUUACAAUUAAUCAAAAUCGUUUAAAUUGUUAUAUGGAAACUUUCUCGCACCCUAAACAAUUAACAUUCAAUUAUUUAAAAGUACAUAUGUAAAUCUGUUAACAAGAAAGCCAAUGGAUUCGUUUUAGUUGGGAUUCGAAAUUUGAAUUAAUGAUUGACAAUCAUCACAUCUAAAUCAGUCUUUAAUUAACACAAUCAAAUUGGUCAAAUCACGAUGAUUAGCUAAUUUACCAUCGAUUUGAUCAUAUCUUAAAUCGUAACACCAAAAGCUCAGUUGAAACUUCAUCCCACUCAAGAAAAACUUUUCAUUGUUAUUAGAACUUUUUAGAACUCAAAUCAAAAAAUCGUUAAUCAGACAAGAUAGUACAUAAAUCUCUCUCUCUCUCUCUCUCUCAUCUUCCUUAUCGUCAUUUUUCAUCAUCGCCAUGUUCAGAUUGAUACAAAAUCAACAACAAGCUCAACAAGAGAUACACCAAUUCGUGGCGGAGUCGACAAAGUUACCAACAAGUUUUCAACCAUAACUAAAGGUCAUCAUUUUUUUUAUCAUCAUUAUCAACAUCAUCAUCAUCAUCAUCAUCAGAACCAUUGUCAUCCACAACAUUAUUUAAUAUCAUUUAGUUGUUGUUGUUGUUUCAUUGAGUUUCUUAUGUAACCUAAUUCUGCUUCGAGUUACCUGAGAGGAGGAAAAGUUAAGAAAGGAUUUCACUUUUUGCGAAUCAAAUUUAAUUAACAUUUAACUAUGUUCGCAAUCAACAACCACCCUAAUCAUCAUCAUUUAACCCGCAACAAUUCAAUUAAAAAUAAAUAAAUUAUAUGAUAGUUUUGUGGUGAAUUGUGAUUAUUUUAAAAAAGUUAUUGAUUUUUUAAAUUCAUUGAUUGUGCCUUAUGAAUUUGUCACAAGAAAAAAAGUCAUUGGAAACUUUUGAUUGAACUAAUUAACCUCAAUAAGUUGCUGUUAAUUGUGUCGACAGUUUAAUUCAAUUCCCUGUGUAUCUGUGUUGGUUAAUUUUAGGUUAAUCUCAGGUUAAUUAACAUCAUGAAGCUCAGAGGAAUUGAAUACAACCUUAAUUGUGGAUACAAUUUUGUGAUCGUUUUGUUUUAUUGUGUCUCUAGAGUUUAUCCAUUAUCAGCUGAUCGUCUUAAUUUUCAUCCUAAUGAUCAGGGAUUAAGUUCAUCUAGUGGUUAUCAGGGUUCAUCAUCAUCCUGGAAUUAUGCUUAUCACUUUAAUUGGCAAUCAACUGACCAUAAUAAUCCAGGUAAAGGUGUGUCCAGGUUUGCAGAGACUUCUGAUUCAAAGCAAUAUGUUCACCCACCUUUAGCCCCACCACUGCCCACACCUCGUCAUCACCUUGGGAUUAACAGUCGGACUUAUCGUCAUGCUGAUCAGAAUCAUCGGAUUAAGACAAAUCAUCAUGUUAACCAUCAUGAUCAAGUUAAUUAUCAUCACCCUGGACCUGGUGAUUCAAAUGCGUUCAUUGAAAAUAUAAGGAAUGAAAUAAUGUCCAGUUUCAAGGAAACUUUACCUGAACAUUUCAAUGGUCAUCACGAUCAUCGUCCACCUGAUUAUCACCACCACCAACACCAAGAACGACAACAACGUGAUUAUAAUCAAAGGGAUAAUAUUCUUGACCACUAUGGUCAACCCAAUAUUCCUGAUAAUCUGUUUCAUGGAAGAAAUUUUCACCUUCCAUCUCCACCAAUCUCAUUUACUUCCUCCCAUGAGGUCAAACCAUCUUCAACAUUGAAACGUUUCCAAAGGUCACAUAAACAAAAUCAUCCACUUCCGGGACCGGAAGUAGCUGGUGGAAUAUCAAAAAGUUCCUCUUGGAAUUUUAAUUCAAAUCAAGGAUUUUAUUAUCGAGUUGAUGAUGUUGAUGGUAAAAAACACGAGGAACAAGGUUCAUAUGGAGAUGGACAAAGGUCAUCUGGGUCUCCACCUUCAUGGAUUAACAAUUAUCAUCAACCUAAUAUUAACCAACAGCAACAAUUAGGUCAACAAAUCAAUUCGAUUCAGGGUUUUCCUUAUGGUUCAGAUAAUUUCAUAUUCCCUUCUAAUCAUCAUCAUCAUCGUAAUCAAAAUCAACCAUCAAUCUGGUUUCAAUCAACAUUUAAUCACAACAAUCAAGAUUAUCACAGACAAAAGGUUAAUCAUGGUAACAAUUAUAUUAAUCAGAAGCAACAUUAAAUCAAACUAAUCAUUAGAAAACAAUAGAAAAUCACUUUUAACGAUCAACUAAUCACCAUCAUCAUCAUCAUCAUUAUCAAUGAACAAAUAAUUUCCUUAUAAUUUAUAUUAUCUAACAAUUAAUAUCAACAACAAUUAACUCUACUUGAUUACUAUGCCGAUGAUGAUUGGUGAUUAAAUCAUUUUCCUACUAAUAAUAUAUAUAUAAAAAACUAAUUUCAUAUCAACUGUUAAUUGUUUUCUAACCUUAAUCAAUUUUUAUAUAUAAAUAUCAUUACAUUUUCAUUGUAACAA